UCCAAGCACACCACCCUCUGUGUAAAAAAAGUUCCCCCCGAACAUCUUUAAACUUUGCCCCAUUCAUCUUAAAGUUAUGUCCUCUGGUAUUUGAUUUUCCCCACCCUGGGAAACAUGUCAUAACUAUUCAAUCUAUACCUUUCAUAAAUUUAUAUAUUUCCAUCGGGUCUCUCCGCAACCUCCUGAAAAAACAAUCCAAGACUGACAAACCUCUCACUGUAGCUAAUAUCUCCUAAUCCAGGCAUCAUUGUAGUAAACUUCUGCGCCCUUUCCAAUGCCAAUAUAUCCUUGCAAUGGGACAACCAGAAUUACAUGACAUAUUCCAAAUACCGCCUAAUCAAAGUCCCUAAAAGCUGCAUCAUGACUUCCUGACAUAUACAAUGCUCCUUGCUAUUUGUAUGAUUUAAUAACAUUACCUGUUACUACCAAAUGCAUACAAACGUCUAGUAUUUAAUAUUUAAAAAUCUCAGAUUUGCUUUUCAAGACGUACCAUUUUAUGGAGUUUGACACAUUUAUUGUCAUAAAGUCCCACAGAGUUGCACAAUAUCACUUGGAUGGACAUCAAUUUUGCUCCUCCCUACAGAUGAUGAUGGAAAGCUUAACCUGUAGUAAUGCUGUUAAUUACCCUAAUUAAUUCUUGUAAUCUUACUGAUUCUGCAAUGGCAGAACGGCGGCCCAUUGUUUACACAUCCUUUGAAAAAAUACCUUUUGUGCUGGCAAAGCUCUUUGGUAAAGGUCAAAUUGUGAAGCAAUUUGAGAAUGAACAAUAGGACAUUUUAUUUACAGUACAAAUCGAUAAGUUACAUAUCAGGGAGCUCUAACGCAUAGACGCAUGCAGCCACACCGGGCCAGCAAUCUUUGCCAGCAACUUCAGAGGCAAGUCUGGGAAAAGGUUGCGGGUCCACUUCGAUGGUGCCGCCCUCGCCGCCACCCUGAAGAACACAUGUCGUCAGCGACGUCACACUAGAUAUUGUGAACAUAUGGGCAAAUGUUUCUGCUUUCGUGGAUCGCCACAUGUCCCUCCAGAAGGGAGUACAUAUCUCAGGAUUGGGGACUUUUACAUUCUCACAGCAAAGGUUGGAUAUUGGACAUCGAUUGAUUUUAUUACAAAGGCCAGUAUUUGUGAUGUCUGAAAAAUUCCUGCAGAUCCAUGGAUUAUCGCGCGCAAAACAGCACGUAUCCGGUGACAUACCCAUCGUUAAACUUAAUUUUACAUUCCUUGCUUUGGAGAGUCCUUAUGAUCGAGAUACAGUUGAAGGAUGUGUCAAAGAGACUUUGCAGAUCAUGAAUCGUUACAUCGCCUGUAACCGUGAUGUGAAUUUUCCAUUCAAAGAUAUUGGUGUGCUAACGAUACGAAAUAACAAGGUCAAAAUGAAGUUUUAUAGAGAAUUUCUUAAUGCCAUGGAUGGUACUGGAAAUUUAGUGAAAGCUCUUUCAAAUCGACCUGGAACUGCAGACUCGAUACAAUCUAUCAGAGAUGCGUGCUCAAUCCGGCCUGCUACAACUAAUUCCGUUCUGUUUCCCAGGAUUCAAACAGUUGAUGUCAAUGAUCGGAAAUCAGUGAUUCAGACAAUCAAAGAAGAAGAUGAAAUGGAAAAUGAUGAAAACCCUUGUGAACCUCAUAGAACUGAAAUAAGCAAAGAAAAUGAACAAACUGAAAAAAUGAAGGAAAAAGAGAAAGGUAGAGAAACAACAGAAAUGCCUCUUGUCAAGCACCCUACUGUUAGACAACCUCUGACUCCUGCUAAAGCCUCUUCUGUAGGUCUGAUGGACGAUUUUCAAAGAACUGUUGAACCAAAAGAUUUAUUGGAAAGGUUGUCUUCUCCAUAUCGUUCUUUAUCCUGUCAGUCUGCCAUUCACAGUACAAACAUGCAGGCAGCAAAGAUCAAGGCACCGCCAGCUACUGCCUGCUCUGAUCAUUGCCGGGCAGGACAGGAGCUAUGUUAUCUUUGCAUGCAACGAGGUCUGAAAAAUUUCCCAAUUGAUCUUUCGGAAAAUAGAAGAAGAAAAGGCCUGGAGGAGGAACAUUUACUGCAUCAAUAUCAACAAAUGAAGGACCAGGAGGCCCUUUUUCAGGAGCAGUGUGAAAUGUUGGCUGGCAGAGAAUAUAACCAAAAGAUUUCAGCAUUCAACGUAGGAGUCGCUGAGGCCAAAAAGAGACGGAAGAAUUCAAAAUGCAAAGAUGCCUCUAACGGAUACAUAUUCCAAAAGAGACUCUUAACACCGCCAGUCAUUCUAAAACAACAGCAUUAUGCACAGUGUUUGAAAAACCAGAUGGAAGACAAAAGACAAAGAGAGAACAGAAAGAAACAAGAUGAAGAUUUUCUGGAUCGCUUAGAACAAGUACAGUUAGCUGAAGAUCUUGCUGUCCAGAGAGAAAUGUAUCAGAAAGAGAAACAGGAACAAAAAGAAGUCUAUAAAUUGGCACUGGAUAUACAGAGAAAAGAGAAAUCACGUCAGCUGCCAGCAUUUGUCCCUGAUUCUUCUGGGCCAAUUUUCGGUAGUUCUGACUUGCAAGGAAAGUCAGAAGAACAGAAGCAAGCUGCACGUAAUCUUUAUAAGGAGCAGGUGCAGGCUGCAGCUGAUCGUAAAAAAUAUGAUAUUCUGAAUCAACUCUAUGAACAGAAAGCGGCAUCAGAAAUACUGGAGAGAAACAGGAAAAGUCUAUUGGAAGAACGUAAAAAGCGAUAUGAGCAUUUACAGAAAAUGCGUAGAACUUUAGAGGAAGCCUGGGAUGAAAAUGUAACUAUGAAACGAUUGAAAGAGUAUGAACAAAAACAACAUUCAAAAAUGGGAAGCAUUUUUCUACUUGAUCAAGUUAAGAAUUACCGGCGAUGUUUUCAGUGCAAGCGACGCUUAGCAAAUUGUGGGGAGACAAACAUCUGGAAUAAUGCAUUCUUUACAACUGGAGUAUAAGAAUUACUCUAUUCCCAAUAAGUAUGGAAAGUCAACUCCUAUAAAAAAAAAAAGAAAAUUCUAAAAAUAUUUUAGCGAUUAAUAAUGUUUCAGUACAUUUCUUUAGUUUACUGUGAAGCUCUUGUUUUCAUGGGUGUCAUGACUCCUGCUGUAAUCAUGGUCAUGCAUUGUUAAUUACUUUUGUCUCAUCAAGAAGUUUUUUCACCAUCUUAUAAUAAAUUCAUAUUGCAACAUGGGUACCUUUGAAAUCAUUUCAACCCUUGAACACAUCGAGGCAACUAAAAACAAAAAGAUACUGCUUUGAGACUCUUAUUUAUGAGAUAAGAAUUUGGAUACCUUUUAAUUUUUUAUUUAAAAUCUCUUGGAAGCUUCUAUGCUAAAAAUGUCCAGAGCUGCAUAUAUUUGAAAUCAAAUAGUGGUUAUCUGGGCUACUUAGCAUUCAAAUUAAUUUUUAUGUUAAAUUUGACCAAUCUGAUCUCCACUUGGAUAUAAUUUUUAUUUCAUAGAAACAUAGAAAAUAGGUGCAGCUGGAGGCCAUUCAG